GAAGAGGUUUUCUCUCUGAUCACAAACAGGUUUAUUGGGCAGCUUGAUGACAAUAAACACAUUAAGAGGAAACACAAUGAAAGUAAUGGAAAAGUCAAGAACACACAGGAUUACAGUAGAGAUGUGUAGAAGCAGGACUGUAGUUGUGUGCAGUGAGGGAACAAGUGUUGAUCGGAGGACGUUGACAGUAAAGUUGGAUGAUUGAGAGAUAAAGUGUUUCUCAGAACACGUCUCAUGGUCUCGAGUCAUUAGGAAGUGACCAGCGACAGGAGAAGUGUCGUCACAGAUAUCUGAGAGAAGACAAUGUUGAAAGAAGAGUUCUCGGAAAAAGAGAAAAGAAAAGAGGAAGUCAGAAAGUCAAAGACCUUCUUGUUAUGUCACAAGCGUCCGUGGGUCGGCUCACUCUGGCUCCUCUCUGUGUCGGGGAAGACGUGGACAGUCAGGAUGGCGCUCUGGGACACAAAGGUUCUGUGCUUGAUGUUCCUGCUGACAGGUGCUGUGAGUCAACGUGUGAUCUAUUCAGAUCCACUUUGUGGUGUUAGAGGAUCCACAGUGACCCUCCCCUGCACCUUCACACCACAGAAGACUGUCACUGAGGAUGGAAGAGAGGUUUUGGUUGAGAUCAUCAGAGUCGUUUGGUGCCAGAACCAUCCAAUUUGUCAGGGGUCCACUCCGACUGUGACCGACAACACAUUACAAAACAACGCCAACAACCCUCGUUAUCGUUACCUGGGAGACACGAAGGGAAACUGCACUUUACAGAUCUCAAGUCUAAAGAAGGAAGACGAUAAAACUCUUCGCUUCAGAAUGGAAGAUGAAAACAAGUUAUCCUUUUACACUAACCAAACAGGAGUGAGAGUCACAGUCGAUGAUAAGACUCAAAUGAAGAUACUGAGCUCCAGAGACGGAGAGUUUAAGAGAGGUGAAGCCGUCACACUGACCUGCACUACAGAGUGCACCUUCCACCAACUGGAGGUCACCUGGUUCAGAGAUGGCCACGCCCUCACAUACACUGGCCCCUCCCUCCACCUCAGCCCUCUGAAAGCAGAGGAUUCUGGGAACUACACCUGUGAUUUGAAGAACACCGUCGGCACACUCUCCCAUCCGUUCAGUCUGAAUGUGGAGGCUGGAGAGGAAGAACAGAGUACCCACACAGGAGGCGUUCCGGUGCCUCUGAUCGUCGGUGUGGUGGUUGGUGUCCUGCUGGCUCUCUGUAGUCUCAUUCUGGUCCUCUGCAUCAUCAGAAGGUAUUCUGUCUGGACAACCUGUUCCUUUAAUCCGCCUGUAUUAAUAUCUACACUUGUUAUAGUUGUUAUAUCUGUACAUAGUAGUUAAAGGUGUUUAUCUUGUUCAGCUCUGAUGUCCUUGUUUGUUUCUAGGUUCAUAAGUUACUUCGUUGUUUGUGUUCAAAUAUAAUUAAAUAUAAUAUAAAGCUGAUUCUGCUGCUGAUUUCAGUAUUUUUACCCAAGUACUGCAACUCAAGUACAUGUUAGAAGUACUUGAAUGUUUCCAUUUAUUCUAUGUCAUACUUCUACACCAAUACAUCUCAGAGGGAAAUGUUAUGCUUUUUACUGCACUUCAUUUAUGUGACAACUGCAGCAGUUACUCUUAAAAGAUUGAUUUAUGGCCAUUUAGACACAUUUUAUAUAUAUAAUAUCCAUCCAUCCAU